AUGCGUGAAAAAGAUGAGCUCCAAGAGCACAUCAGUUUUAAGGAGGAACAAAACAGCAAUAUGCAUGGAUAUGAUUUGGUGAUUCCUCAAGGCCCAACUUACCAUGGGAAAAUCAAACACAAUACUUGGAAAAUGCAGCAGAGCCUUGAACCAGUGAUGGAGGUGGCUAAGUCAAAGAAUCGCAUGCUCAUGGAAAUACAACCCAGAUCACCAUCCCUUGAAGUGGAAUGGACACCAGUUGACAGACCUACCAAAACACCUGGUCAAUACACAGAAUCUCAUUCAGAAUUUUACUUUUGGUCCAUCUUUGUUACAACCCAUGGUGGUUCAGGGAACAUGAAUGAGCAGUUUUUGAAGAAUGCUAAACCUAAGAACUUGGAACUACCGGAUGAAAACACGUCUGGUCAAAGGGUGGAGCAAGUGAAAGUGCUGAAUCAAGAUGAGAAGUUCUCCCACUUCGGUCUUCGAGGCUAG